GAAGCUCAACCCUAUCGCAUAAAAAAGCUGAUAUACCUGAAUAUGCCCACGGUCGUCGAAGUGUUCUUCAAGGCAGCGUCAUCCUGGUUCAAUGAGAAGACGAAAUCAAAGAUUCUAGUGCUGCAGAAGGAUUUAAAGCCAGCUUAUGAGAGUGUACCUGGCUUGGAAGAACUGAUGCCCUCGGAAUACAAUGGAGGCAACGGUUCUUUUGAUGAGAUCUGCGUCUGCCGCGUCCUCAUGUACCGAGGUAUGACGAAGGAGGAAAAUUAUAUCUCUGAAAGUGCUGAUUUUGCAAUGUUGCGUAUGUUCAUGGGAUGUUCUGCCGAGAUUUACUGCGAGGCUAUCGUUUGA